CUAAAUACGUAUAUCAAUUUGGAACACGUUUACAGCUGUGGAUACAUCUGAAAUUGUGUUUGCUUUCAAAACCUAUAACGUCAUAACUUUUAAACUUGGCAAACUAAGUAGAGUAUAAAAAAAUUGUGGAGUAAGAACAUUUUUCAACAAGGAACUCUUUUGCAGCUCUGAAUAAAACGUUUUAAAACGUGUAACAUAAUAGCGAGUGGAGUUGGCAAUCCAAGAAGACAGAGUGGGAGUCAAUAUAGUGUUUAUUAUAGAAAACAGAAUGAUGGUUUCGUCAAAAGGAAGAUGGAUUAUUUUGGCAUUCGUUCUGAAUUCAUUGAGUUCAUGUAAAUCCUUGAAAAUAGCUGUAAUUGGAGCCGGUGCAUCAGGUCUAGCUGCUGCAAAAAAUGCCAUCGAACAAGGACACAUAGUAGAUGUCUUCGAAAAGACCGGACAGCUUGGUGGAAUAUGGUACUAUACAGACGAUGUCGGAUUCGAUGAAUACGAUGUUGAAAUUCAUACUCCGAUGUAUAAGCAACUAAGCGCUACAACACCGUGUGAAUGGAUGGAGUUUCCGGGCUUUGACUUCCAAUGCGAAACAGAAACGCAUCCAGAUCGUGAAAGUGUCUGGAAUUACUUGCACGCCUAUGCCACGUAUUACAACAUAACAAAUCGAUUAUUUUUACAUCGUAAAGUUGAAAAUGUUCGUUUAAUGUCCAACGGCGAAUGGGAAGUAUUCGUAAAGAAUAUGCCCGACAAUAAGCAAUUGGAAAAACAUACAUAUGACCAUAUUUUUAUUUGCUCUGGUGUUGCUUCUAAUCCACGUAUACCAACCUUUAGAGAUUUAAAUUUAUUCGAAGGACUUAAAAUACACAGUCGUUUCUACCGUGAACCUGAAACAUUUAGAGGCAAAAAUGUACUAAUCAUCGGUUCAGGAGCAUCGAGUUUGGAUAUUACUCGUCAACUUAAAGGCGUUGCUCGGAAAGUAGUGAAAAGCACGCAUUCUACCAUUGCUCCAACGGCAUCACCUGGUUCAAUCAUCAUAUUUAAGGGUGAAGUACGACGUUUUGGAAAAAAUGCAGUUAAAUUUAAAGAUGGUUCCUGGGAAAAAAUCUCCGUAGUUAUCUUCGCAACAGGCUAUCUUUUUGAUUAUCCAUUUUUGGAUUCAACAAACUCCGGAAUUGUCACAAAUGGAGUUUAUGUUGCGCCGUUGUAUAGGCAAAUUUUAAACAUUGAAAAUCCUACAAUGGCUUUUGUCGGUAUCCCCACCUGUGUCAGACAAAAUCCAAUGUAUGACUUGCAGGCACGUUUUGCAUUAAAAUUCUGGACUGGAGUCAAGCAAUUGCCAUCGAUUGAUCACAUGAUGGAGGACGCAAAUAGAGUAGCAAAUAGAAAUCAUCCUCAUAAAUUGGGACUUUAUCAAGCGCAAUACUUUGAUGAAUUGGAUAUUUGAUAAGAACGAGUUAAAAUCAAUUCAGUAAAGCCAAAUUUAUGAAAUGAUGAUAUUUGUUUAUCUUGAUAAUGAAAAAUUUCAAAUCAAAUCUUUGUAUUCAUUACGUUGAUAUAUACGCAAUCUAGGGAGUAGACACAAACUAGAAAACUAAAAAAACUAAGAAAAAUUAGCAAUACUAAAGCCCGUGUCUCCCCCCUAUAGCAAUAAAAUGAAAUUAUUGAUGUUGAAAAGUGAAAA